GAUUCCAGACAGCCAACAAUGGCGCGCUCUCUCUGUCUUUUUUCCCCUUCCCCAAGCAAUCGCCCUCCUCCUAUUUAAACGUCCCCAAGCCCCUCCCAACCGAAUCAAGAAAGCUUCGCUACUCGUCGAACGCCAGUCGGUAGCUCACUCUCGAAAUUCUCCUGCAAGCUCCAAGCGCGAUCGACAAAGGAUGGCGUCUUCGCUCGCUCUCCGGAGGGCUGCCGCCGCCACCGCCACCGCCACCGCCACCCACCUCCACCGCCACCGCCACCGCCACCGCGGCCGCCUCGUCGGGCCUCCUGUCCAGGCUGAGCAACCCGCUCCGCGCCGCCUCCGUCGCCCCUCACGUUGCUCGCUCCAUCAAAACCAGCUCUCGGGUGCGGUAUUACGAUGAAGACGACAGCGUCGAGGUCAAGAGCCGUGUCGAGGUCGAGGUCGAGGGCGGCUCCGAUCGCCCCACCGCCCCCCGCUACCAGGACCAGGACCUUGAUGUGUCUGAUCUGUUGUGGCCGACUCGGAGCCUGAGCCAGGUGCUGAACCAGAUGGACCAGUUCAUGGGCAUGGGGGCUGCCGGAUGGAGGAGGGGCUGGGACGUGAAGGAGGAUGACAGCGUCCUCAUCCUCCGGCUGGACAUGCCCGGCCUGGGCAGGGAGGAUGUGAAGGUCUCGGUGGAGCAGAACACCCUGACGAUCAAGGGCGAGGGCGAGAAGGAGUCGGAGGAGAGCAGGAGGAGGUACUCCAGCAGGCUGAAUCUGCCGCCGUACCCGUACAAGCUCGGGGAGAUCAAGGCGGUGAUGGAGAAUGGCGUGCUGAAGGUGGUGGUCCCCAAGGUGAAGCAAGGAUAUUGUAACUUAAAUCAAUUGUAGGAAGGGACUUCCUUGGGGGGUGAAGGUGCUAGUUUUCCCUUUUUCUCUAGCAGUAAUUUCUGUCUGGUGUUUCCAGAGAUGACUCUUUAGACAAUAAUAGAUAGAGAAGCAAGAGGAUGCGUGGCUCUUCCGCUUGCUUCGCUUCUUGACGAGUUACUGAGUCCUGUCUUUUUGUAAAGCCUUUCACAGACGAUGUUUUUCUUCGAUGAAAAUCGGAGAUAUCUGACAAACUGAGUUAGUCGUCAUUUGGGUGUUUUCCAUCUUGUUUGCAACGGAUAUUGGGAUUUGCUCUGGAAAAAGCAUAGAUGGUAUUUCAGUCGAGCAGGGAGAUUCGAAGCGGAUCAA